AUGAGAGACAAAAAUCCAUACUCGUUUGAAACGAUUAUACCAAACAAAGUAUAUAUUGCAGCAGCAUACUUAACUAAUCAACCGCUAUAUCAACUACACAAUAUCACACUUUCCCAUGAUUGGUUAGAAUCGCAAAACAAUAAUGAAAACCACAAUCACAAUACUAAUAAUAGAAACAAUGAUAUCAAUAUUAUUAUCAACAAUGAAAACAACAAUCAUAAUAAUACUAAUGAUAACAAUGAUAAUAAUAUUAUUAUCAAUAAUGAAGGCAACAAUCACAAUGCUAAUGUUAAUAAUGAUAUUAAUAUUAUGAACAAUAAUAAUGCAAAUACUGUUGCUAACAUCGAUAAUUGGGAUGAAACAGUAAAUGAUGAACCAAUAAAUCCAAUCGACGAAGAAACUUUAUUGCUGGACGAAUUUACAGCUAUUAAAUUCGCUCCAGGUAAAAGUCAACGCGGACUAUCGAAAUUAUUAAAAGAUACUGCCGAAGAAGUGAAAAAAGGUAAUUAUCCUUUACAGCAACAAUUACGCAGUAUCGUUAACGUAUUCAUCAACAAAACAGAAAUUUCAGCUCAAGAAAUCGCUUAUCAUUUACUGGGUAUGCCCUUAUCUGUCUCUUCAAGACAGUGCAUUUAUAUUAACACUUCCCCCGCUAAUGAAAGAUGUCAUUUAAUAAAAUCAAGAAUAGAGCUUCAAAAAAUUUUGGAAAACUAUCCAAAUUCUAUUGACAUAACAGAAGCUGGUAUUGUAGAACAUUAUACAAACAGACCUGAUAAAAUGGAAACCUGGUGUCUUGCUGAUUUCGCUUCAAAAUGUCAAUACUCUAAAACGUUGAGAAAAAACAAUUCUAAUCAAGAAGUCGAUGAUGCCGACGAUGACAAUGCGGAACUAUAUGAAUUGUUAGAAGUUGGGAAAAAGAAAUCUUUGAAAUUGAAAAAUAACGACGGCUACAUUUACGAACGAAAAUCUUUCAAAAUCAUAAAAUACAGAAAUUAUAGUGUCUUGCAAGAUGAAGAUACAAUAGAACAAGAAAUAAACGAUGCACUGCAAGAUGUACAAGAUGAUCUAAACGAUCCAACUAACGACGUUGAUAAUAAUAACAACCCAAAUAAUAAAUCAAAACGAGUUGAAGGUUUAGCUAUCUAUGAAAUCGAGGAAGCAGAAGCUGACAUCGAAACAAUCCCGAUAAUAUAA